AUGAAUCCCAAACGACAACGAGUGAAACAAGCAUGCGACCAUUGUCGGUCAAAGAAAGCCAAAUGUGAUGGAUUGAUGCCUACCUGUUCUUCAUGCAAAUUCAACCAUGAAACAUGUACGUACGCUGAGUCAUCCAAACGUCGUGGAUUACCCCCCGGGUAUACUCGUGACUUGGAAAAGAAGGUUGCGUUAUUACUGGCUUUGAUUGGCGAGUUAUGUCAUGAGGAUCAUACUGUAAAAGCAAAGAUGCGAGAGUUAAUCCAUGAUGAAGAUCGAAUGUUACGGAUAAUAGGUGAGCUGAAAUGGGAGACUUCGUUGAUUACAUCCUUAUCUGAUCAGUUUAUAAACAAGUAUGGUGGAAAGGUGCCAGAGAGGAAACAAUAUAUAAAGCCAGAACCCAACCUAUCAAACCAAUUACAACCACCAUUAGCAGAGGAUAUACCUACAAUUCAAAUACCCGCGGCGCUGCAGCAACCAAUACCGGCAGUGCCAGUGUCAGUUCCAGUUCCAGCAGUUCCCCCAGUGCAACACGCAAUGCCACCAGUUGCUUCAGUACAACCCACAAGCACACCAUUCUUCUACGAUCCUAUAAGCGACCCAUCAUUCUUUUUCAAUUAUGAUAUAUUCCAAUUCAUUUCAGACGAGGUUGAACCACCUACUAGUGCUGCAUGGGAACCUAUAGCUUUACAGUACCACGGUCUCUCGCAAUUAAUAUCUGGAUUCACCAAUAGAGCCAUUCAAAAAUACAAUUUUGCUAGAAACCCGUUUCGAGUAGGAUCCAUAUUCAACGUUUCUUCGUUUGUCAAUGCUAUAAAACCUCCACCGGAAAUCUUUGCUUUCCCCAUCAACCUGCAAGCCAUAGUGGACGAUUAUUUCCGCAUUUACCAUCCUUGGAUACCCAUGCUUGAUCGUGUGAGUAUCGUACGUCAAGUACUGCAGUUAACCAAACCACGUCCUCCCAUUCCCACUGAUGGUGGACAAUCGCCUCCUCCUGACCUUAAUUUGAUUGCACUUGUAUGGGCCGUUCUUGCCAUUGGCCAACUUGCAGCAUCCCCUUUGGAGAUCACCAACACCCAAACUUAUGCCAAGCAUGCGAUAGUGGCACUUGAGAACUCAAUAACAUCUACCAUAGAAACUAUCCAGGCUCAAGUAUUGCUAGGGAUGUAUUACUACCAGAUUGGGUUGUGGGAUUUCUCAUGGGUUCUAAUAAGUUCAGGGUCUCGAAUGGCCAUUGAUGUGCGGUUGAUGCGUCCUUCUGCCCCAGGUGGGCCUGAAAACGAAAUCGAACAGCUGGCAAAUGGUAAAAAAUAUAUUACCACAUUGAACAAUAUCAAUCGUGAGAGAACAUGGGCUUCGGUAUUUAUUAUAAACACUGUGCUAGCAGCUAGAAUGGGGAGAUCACCAGUGGUGAGGGCUAUGGAUUGGCCUAUCCCACUGAUAAAUACUGAUGGGUGGGAAGAAUGGGAGAGCUGGGAAGGAGACCGGACAAAGAUAAAGCUAGACGCGGGAAGAUUCUUAAGUACAUUCAACGAGGCGAUUAAAGUUGUUUCAAUUGUAAAUUUGGCCAUAACCAGUAAUAUAGACACUUCUAAAGGCAUGCUAGACGAUGAAAUCGGCGGUGUUAAGAUUGAACAAGAGCAAGACUUUACAAACUCAAACACAUUAACAAUUGCAAAGUUUAAAAGUAUGCUAAAUGACUGGUAUGACGACUUGCCUGAUUAUUGUCGAAUAGAGCAGUACACACCAGAUGCCAUCCCUGCACCUAUUGCCUUUCUACAUCUUGGACGCGAUCUAACUUGGUGUAUCCUUGCCAUAAGACUAUCCUCGCUAAAGGAUGUCGAUGUCUCCAUUAACAAUAGGAUCCUCAAAUCGAGAGAUUUCCAAUAUACACGAGCAAUAACUUCCAUUCGAGGAAUAAUAAACGAGCGCACGGUUGCCCAUCUCCAAUACUAUCCCUUUAUAGACUAUUUCUUAAUCAUGUGUCUCAACUUCCCUCAUAUGAUAGAUCUUCCACCUCACGAACGAGAUAAAGUCAUCCGUGAUUUCAGAUCUUGUCUCACAUCAGCGUCGGCUACAUCCAUACCCUGUAAAAUAUCACUUGAUAUUUACAAAUUGAUGAACACAGAUAUUGAUAAUUCUGCCAAGGAAUCCCCUAUGAUUGCAAACUUAUUAAAUUCACCCGAGGAAAGUGUUCCUAUUGGUGGAAGACUGAAAAGUUUGGUUAAUGGGGUUAAUAAUACAUCGACACCCCCACCUCCGCGGCUUAUUCCACUGGCAAGCUUCCCGCCGAAUACAGGGGCAUCCCCAAUGUUACCAUUCCCUCCAGCCUCGCACAUGUCACACUUGGAGGGGCUCAGGGCAUUUCGUAACGAUGAAGCUGGUAUGUCUACUAUGAGACAACUACCAAGGGUCAACAGUGGAGAAUAUAGUGUUAAGGACAGUCAUCAAAGAUAA